AAACUAAAAAAGAAAUGUAGGUAGGUAGGUAUCUAUAAAACAUGAAAAUGACUGAUAAAAGGUGGAAACUACAUUUUAUGAUAAUGGUAUUGUUAAAUGGCAGUAAUAUUGACAAAAGUACCAAGUUUUAGCAAUACUAUAAGUGAUAACAUUCAUUCCCUAGCAUUUUUCGAAAAAUGACUGCCAUAAAAAAAGAAAACUAGACCACAAUACGCACUAUUGGAGAGCCAAAGUUGAUAAUAGUGUUUUAAAAUUUUUAAAAAGUUAUAAAGGUGGAAAAUGACAGUUUAGAAAUCUUUCGCUCUUUUCUCCGUUGAUGAAAAUAUUUGAAUACGCUCGUCUCAAAAGUUCACCCAACUACAAAACCUAUACAUACUUUCAGUUUAAACUGGUGCCAAUUUUAAUUCACCAUUUUCGUUUCCGUUUUGAAAAUCUUGGUCAAAAUAUGUCUGAAAAAGUGAUCGUUACUGUUAAAGAAGGUAAAGUACGUGGCUUCAAAGCGAAGACUGCAUACUCUGGAGUAGAUUAUUAUACAUUUUUUGGAGUGCCUUACGGACAGUCAACGGAGGGAACAGCUCGUUUCAAGGAUCCUAUAAAAGCAAAACCAUGGAGCAACAUCCUGGAUGCAACAGUUCCAAAAGGCGGUUGUGCUCAAUUUUCAUUGAAAGACAAAGAUCUCACUGGUUCGGAAAACUGCCUGUACAAUAAUAUUUAUACACCAAAGAUACCUUCGAAAGGAGAUUCUUUGAAGGCAGUCAUGGUGAAUUUUCAUCCAGGAGGAUUUAUUCAUGGUUCCCCAGAUCCGUCGUAUUAUGGAGCUCCAGACUAUAUUAUGCACCACGAUGUCGUAUACGUUUGCGUAGGAUACCGAUUGCAUGUAUUAGGAUAUCUCAAUUUAAAUAUGAAAGUGUGUUCUGGAAAUCAAGGAUUAAAAGACGCAAUACUCAGUCUGCAAUGGAUCAAAGAAAAUAUCAGUGUUUUUGGAGGAGAUCCUGACAACAUAACAUUGAUGGGCAGCAGCAGUGGUUCCACAAUAGUUCAUUUUAUGUUAUUGUCACCUUUGGCUAAAGGUUUAUAUCACAAAGCGAUUCUCAUGGGCUGUUACGCUUUCAUUCCAGUAGCAAUUUUUUUGAUGGAAAAUGCUUCCGUCGCUUACAAAAUCGCUCAAAUGCUUGGUUACGAUGGAAAACCGGAUGACAACAAAAAACUGCUCAACUUUUACAAAAGCGUAGAGCUUUACAGUUUAUUUUUGACAAGACCGGAACAUUUGUUCAAUAAAACUGCUAUUCAAGUUUACCCUCAGUCACCAUUCCUCAUCACUCCAGAACCAGGUGAGAAUUCACCACUUCCUGUAUCACCAGAAAAACUGAUCCCUUCAACGAACCGUGUUCCGAUUAUCAUAGGAUUUAGUGAAAGAGAAGCUGCCAUGACUUUAGUGACGCUUCGUGCUUUGAAUACUUCUUUGAAAACUUGCUUUUAUAAAGCGAUUCAACAAAACUGUUGGGGAUGGGCUGCUGCACUGAACGAAGAUGAAUUGAAACUCAUACAAAAAGAAGUUGAAAAUUUCUACUUAGCUGGCGAGUCGAUAGAAACUGCUUCACAAUCAAUUCUAUGCGAUAUUUUAACGGAUAUUGCGUUGUCAGACGUUUAUGAUUCGGUGAUAAACGUAAUCUCAGCGGAUCUUCCAACUUCGGUAUACGUGUAUAAUUUUCACUACGAUGGAAAAUUAUGCGUCAUGAAAGCCACAGUUGAACGAUCUUUAGAAAAACCAUUACCAGGUGCCUUCCACGGUGCUGACUACAGCUACUGGUGCUACCGUGAAGAAAUGGCUGGUAAAACUAUGGCUCGAAUACAGCCGAACGAUCGAAAAAUAGUAGAUACGCUGACCAAUUUACUGACCACAUUUGCCAAGACAUCAAAUCCCAAUUAUGAAGGAUUAGAAGUCGAAUGGAAGCCUACAACUCCCGACAGCCCGAGCCAUUUAAUCAUUAAUGAAAAAUUACAAGUCAAAGACGAAUUAUUGAAUGGCGAACGAAUGGAAUUUUGGCACAGACUGAAGAAGAAAUUUGUAAAAAGUCGCGCACACCUGUAAAUAAAACUAUUGUAACUUAGGACCCCAUCCAAGGGAAAAUAAUACAUAUUUUUGUUCACGAGUACUUCAAAAUAACUUACCUACUUAACAGUAAAAUCGCGUAUUUUCAAAAUGGUAAUUGAGUACUCACCUGAAACAAAAAAACAAAACAAAUUGUCAAUUUCACCAAAUAAUCGUGCAAUUAGAUAUCUUACAUCAUAAGUAGGUGUAACUUUAUUGUGCGUGUAUAUUAAUAGGUAAUUAAACAAGCAAUCAAAUAC